GUGUCUAUGGAGACGGCAAUAUGGCGGCGAUCUUACAUUUUCUUUGAUUUCAUCUGAACAUCCAGUUCACAGUGGGAGUGAUGUUUACCUUAGCAGGUUGUAGACUGGUGGAGGAAACCCAGAAGGUAGAGAAUCCGUCAGUCUCAUUUGCCUCUUCUUUCCCCCUUAUUUCUCUUCUCACAAGAGGCAAGAGCAUUCAGAGGAAACAAGCAGAGAGUAAAAGCCAGAUAAAGCUCCAUACUCAGAGUGCUCCCUUUGGACUGUGUCCCUGGAGCCUGAUGCUUACACAGGCUCCAAGCUCCAUCAUGAGGUCCAGGAACAGCAAGGACCACACCAUGAACUCUGGCGGAUCCUGCCUGAGUACCAGCACGGUGGCCAUCCCCGCCAUCAAUGACAGCAGUGCAGCCAUGAGUGCCUGCAGCACCAUCAGCGCCCGGCUUGCAAGCUCCAUGGACACUCAGAUGCACUCCCCAAAGAAGCAGGAGAGAGUGAAGAAGAGGGUCAUCUGGGGCAUUGAGGUGGCCGAGGAGCUGCACUGGAAAGGCUGGGAGCUAGGAAAGGAGACCACAAGGAGUCUGGUUCUGAAAAAUCGAUCCUUGAAACUCCAGAAGAUGAAAUACAGGCCCCCCAAGACCAAGUUCUUCUUCACAGUCAUCCCUCAGCCCAUCUUCCUGAGCCCAGGCAUAACCCUCACACUCCCCAUCGUCUUCCGGCCUCUGGAGGCGAAGGAGUACGUGGACCAGCUGUGGUUUGAGAAAGCGGAGGGGAUGUUCUGUGUGGGCCUGCGGGCCACCCUGCCCUGCCACAGACUGAUGUGCCCGCCAUCCCUGCAGCUGCCCAUGUGUGCUGUGGGGGACACGACGGAGGCCUGGUUCUGCCUGGAUAAUGUGGGGGACCUGCCCACCUUCUUCACCUGGGAGUUCUCCAGCCCAUUCCAGAUGCUGCCAACCAUGGGGCUCCUGGAGCCAGGCCAGGCCUCUCAGAUCAAGGUGACCUUUCAGCCCCUUGCAGCCGUCAUCCACGAGGUGCAGGCCACGUGCUGGUAUGGGGCGGGCAGCCGGCAGAGGAGCAGCAUCCAGCUGCAGGCUGUGGCCAAGUGCGCCCAGCUGCUGGUGAGCAUAAAGCACAAGUGCCUGGAGGACCAGGAUGCCGAGGGCUUCCAGAAGCUGUUGUACUUCGGCUCUGUUGCUGUGGGCUGCACCUCGGAGAGGCAGAUCAGGCUACACAACCCGUCGGCGGUAAAUGCCCCCUUCAGGAUUGAAAUUUCCCCGGAUGAACUGGCCGAAGACCAGGCCUUCUCAUGCCCCACAGCCUGUGGCGUCGUGCUCCCAGGAGAAAAGAAAUUCGUGUCAGUGUUCUUCCACCCCAAGACUCUGGACACCAGGACUGUGGACUACUUCUCCAUCAUGCCUUCUGGCUGUGCCUCCAAGACCCUGCUCAAAGUCGUUGGUUUCUGUAGAGGCCCUGCUGUGUCCCUGCAGCACUACUGUGUCAACUUCAGCUGGGUCAACCUUGGGGAGCGCUCCGAGCAGCCCCUGUGGAUUGAGAACCAGUCGGACUGCACGGCCUACUUCCAGUUUGCCAUCGACUGCUUGGAGAGUGUCUUUAGCAUCAGGCCUGCCUUCGGGAUCCUGGUGGGCAAAGCCCGCAUGACCCUGCACUGUGCCUUCCAGCCCACUCACCCCAUCAUCUGCUUUCGGCGUGUGGCCUGUCUCAUCCACCACCAGGACCCACUGUUCCUGGACCUGAUGGGGACCUGCCACUCGGACACCACCAAGCCAGCCAUCCUGAAGCCUCAGCACCUCACCUGGUACCGUAUACACCUGGCCCGGGGCCUGACGCUCUACCCCCCUGACAUCCUGGAUGCCAUGCUGAAGGAGAAGACGCUGGCACAGGACCAGAACGGGGCCCUCAUGAUUCCCAUCCAGGAUCUGGAGGACUUGCCGGCCCCACAGUACCCUUACAUCCCCCCUAUGACCGAGUUCUUCUUCGACGGCACCAGCGACAUGACCAUCUUCCCCCCACCCGUCAGUAUAGAGCCCGUCGAGGUAGACUUUGGUGCCUGCCCAGGGCCUGAGGCCCCCAACCCUAUACCCCUGUGCCUGAGGAACCACACCAAGGGCAAGAUCAUGGUUGUCUGGACGCGGAGGUCUGACUGCCCCUUCUGGGUGACCCCGGAGACCUGUGACGUGCCCCCUCUCAAGUCCAUGGCCAUGCGCCUGCACUUCCAGCCGCCUCACCCCAACUGCCUUUAUGCGGUGGAGCUCGAAGCCUUUGCCAUCUAUAAGGUCCUGCAGAACUACAGUAAUAUUGAGGAGGACUGUACCAUGUGCCCAUCCUGGUGCCUGACGGUGCGGGCGCAAGGCCACAGCUAUUUCUCUGGCUUUGAGCACCACAUCCCCCAGUAUUCCCUAGAUGUCCCCAAGCUAUUUCCGGCAGUGUCCUCCGGUGAGCCCACCUACCGCAGCCUGCUCCUGGUCAACAAAGACUGCAUGCUGCUGACCUUCAGCCUGGCCCCCCAGAGAGGCUCAGAUGUCAUCCUUCGGCCCACCUCGGGCCUUGUGGCACCCGGGGCCCACCAGAUCUUCCUCAUCUGCACCUACCCCAAGGGCAGCUCCUGGAAGCAGCACACGUUCUACCUGCAGUGCAAUGCUUCCCCCCAGUAUCUCAAGGAGGUGAGCAUGUACAGCCGGGAGGAGCCCCUGCAGCUGAAGCUGGACACCCACAAAAGCCUCUACUUCAAGCCCACCUGGGUGGGCUGCUCCUCCACCAGCCCCUUCACCUUCCGCAACCCCUCGCGUCUGCCCCUGCAGUUCGAGUGGAGGGUCUCUGAGCAGCACCGAAAGCUGCUGGCUGUCCAGCCCUCCAGGGGGCUAAUCCAGCCCAAUGAGAGACUUACGCUGACGUGGACCUUCAGCCCUUUGGAGGAGACCAAGUACCUGUUCCAAGUGGGGAUGUGGGUCUGGGAAGCUGGCCUGUCGCCAAAUGCCAGCCCUGCUGCCACCACCCACUACAUGCUCCGGCUGGUGGGCGUGGGGCUCACCAGCAGCCUCUCUGCAAAGGAAAAGCAGCUGGACUUUGGGAGUGUGCUGGUGAACAGCAAGCAGUCCAGGUUCCUUGUCCUCCUGAAUGAUGGCAACUGCACCCUCUAUUACCGCCUCUACCUGGAGCAGGGCAGCCCUGAGGCCGUUGACAACCACCCACUCGCUCUGCAGCUGGACCGAACAGAGGGGAGCAUGCCACCCCGGUCCCAGGACACCAUCUGCCUGACUGCCUAUCCCAAGCACCAGUCCCAGUACUCCUGGACCAUCAGCUACUCUCUCCUUUCCCACAGAGAUAACAAGGCUGGGGAGAAGCAGGAGCUGUGUUGUGUCUCCCUGGUGGCCGUGUACCCCUUGCUUUCCAUCCUGGAUAUCAGCUCCAUGGGCAGUGCCGAGGGUAUCACCCGGAAGCACCUGUGGCGCCUCUUCUCUCUGGACCUACUUAACAGUUACUUGGAGCGUGACCCCACCCCCUGUGAGCUCACCUACAAGGUGCCCACCCGGCACAGCAUGAGCCAGAUCCCCCGCAUCCUCACCCCUUUAAAGCUUGACUUCAAUUUCGGGGCCGCACCGUUCAAGGCCCCACCUUCCGUGGUAUUCCUGGCCCUGAAGAACAACGGAGUGGUGCCCCUGGACUGGGCCUUCCUCUUUCCAAGUGACCAGCGGAUUGAUGUGGAACUCUGGGCAGAGCAAGCAGAGUUGAAUUCCACUGAGCUCCACCAGAUGCGCGUGCAGGACAAUUGCAUCUUCUCCAUCAGCCCCAAGGCUGGGAGCCUGAUUCCCGGGCAGGAGCAGAUGGUGGAGUUAAAAUACAGCCACCUGUUCAUCGGUACUGAUCACCUCCCAGUGCUCUUUAAGGUGUCCCAUGGCCGGGAGAUCCUGCUAAAUUUCAUAGGUGUGACAGUGAAGCCGGAGCAGAAGUAUGUGCACUUCACCUCUACUACCCACCAGUUCAUCCCUGUUCCCAUUGGUGACACACUACCCCCACGGCAGAUUUAUGAGCUGUAUAAUGGUGGCUCAGUGCCUGUGACAUAUGAGGUCCAGACCGAUGUCCUGUCACAGGUUCAGGAAAAAAAUUUCGAUCAUCCCAUCUUCUGCUGCCUCAACCCCAAAGGGGAGAUCCAGCCAGGUACUACUGCACGGGUCUUGUGGAUCUUCUCACCUAUCGAGGCCAAGACCUACAUGGUGGACGUGCCCAUACACAUCCUGGGAUGGAACUCGGCCCUCAUCCACUUCCAGGGAGUGGGCUAUGACCCCCAUAUGAUGGGGGACACAGCCCCAUUCCACAACAUCUCCUCGUGGGACAACAGUUCCAUACACUCUAGGCUGGUGGUGCCUGGACAGAAUGUCUUCCUGUCUCAGUCUCAUAUUUCCCUGGGAAACAUCCCUGUGCAGAGCAAGUGCAGCCGCCUGCUCUUCCUCAACAACAUCUCCAAGAAUGAGGAAAUUGCCUUCUCCUGGCAGCCAAGUCCUCUAGAUUUUGGGGAGGUGUCUGUGAGUCCCAUGAUAGGGGUGGUGGCUCCUGAAGAGACGGUCCCAUUUGUGGUGACCUUGAGGGCCUCUGUGCAUGCCAGCUUCUACAGUGUAGACCUGGUUUGCAAGCUGUACCCACAGCAGCUCAUGAGGCAGUAUCACGAGGAGCUGCAGGAGUGGAAGGAUGAGAAGGUGCGGCAGGAAGUGGAGUUUACCAUCACCGACAGGAAAAUGAAGAAGAGAACAUGCUGCACAGCCUGUGAACCUGUGAGGAAGUACAAGACACUGCCUCCCAUCAAGAACCAGCAGUCUGUCAGCAGGCCUGCCAGCUGGAAACUGCAGACCCCAAAGGAGGAGAUGUCCUGGCCCUGCCCCCAGCCACCCUCUCCAAGCAUGCUCUGCCUGGGCCUUACCGCCCGAGCCCAUGCCACCGACUACUUUCUGGCUAACUUCUCAGAGUUUCCGUGCCACUUUUUGCACCGGGAACUGCCAAAGAGGAAGGCCCCCAGGGAAGAGUCAGAGACUUCCAAGGAAAAAUCCCCUAACAAGUGGGGCCCUGUCUCCAAGCAGAAGAAGCAGCUCCUGGUUGACAUUCUCACCACCAUCAUCAGGGGCCUGCUGGAAGACAAGAACUUCCAUGAGGCUGUGGACCAAAGCCUGGUGGAGCAGGUGCCGUACUUCUGCCAGUUCUGGAAUGAGCCGUCAACUAAGUUCAAGGACCAGAAAAACAGCCUGUACUUAAUGCCAGUCCUGCCUGUACCCUCCAGCAGCUGGGAGGAUGGGAAGGGCAAGCAGCCAAAGGAAGACAGACCAGAGCACCAUCCAGGGUUGGGGAAGAAAGAAGAGGGGGAGGAGGAGGAGAAGGGUGAAGAGGAAGAAGAGCAGUUGGAGGAGGAAGAGGAGGAAGAAGAGGAGACAGAAGAGGAGGAGUUGGGCAAGGAAGAGACAGAGAAGGAGGAGGAGAGGGAUGAGAAGGAAGAGAAAGUGAGCUGGGCAGGGAUCAGGCCCACACCACAGCCUGAGUCCCAGGAGUCCAUUCAAUGGCAGUGGCAACAGCAGCUGAAAGUCAUGGUGAAGGAGGAGCAAGAACAGGACGAGAAGGAGGCCAUCAGAAGGCUCCCGGCCUUCACCAACCUGCAGGAGGCGCUGCUGGAGAACAUGAUCCAGAACAUCCUGGUGGAAGCGAGCCGCGGGGAGGUGGUGCUUACCUCGCGGCCACGCGUCAUCGCCCUGCCACCGCUCUGUGUGCCCAGGAUUCUGACCCCGGACACGCUGCUGCCGACGCAGCAAGCAGAGGUACUCCACCCGGUGAUACCACUUCCUACCGACCUUCUGUAGAUGCCCGCGCCCAGCCUCUCCGACAUGCCGCCUUAGGUCAUGCCUGGCCCCCUCUCCGCCGCCCCGCCAGUGAAAGCAUCUAGUCUUUUUUCU